UUUUGCAUUAAAGAUUCCAAUAGAUAUACUUUGUGAGAUGAAGUUGGGAAAAGAGAUUCACUUCCCCUUCUACCUUUCCUCGUCAAAAGUUUAUCUUCUUAAGUACGAAGAGUUAAAUACAUAGAGAUCCAUCAUUUAGAGGAUCUAUAGGGACAGAACUCAGGUGUGUCUUAUUCUUCCCCUGGUGCUCCAUUAAAUAUAUCAUAAGCUUGAUUCCUUCAAACAAAUAGAGGAAAAAAACUGUUUAGGAAUCAACUUAAAGUUAGGUAUUUGGAGCUUCUGAUUCCAGGAAAGGAAGUGGUUAAUGGAGGAUAAAUAUAGUCUAAUUAGGCAGCGCAGUGGUUUAUGGAGAUCCUUAAGAGAUGGAGAAUUUGAAGAAGAAGAAGUUUGGAAUGUUAUCAAGGACAGACCUGAUUAUAUUUCUGGAGUUAACAAGCACAAGGACAAUGAGUCCAAUCCUUUUGCUGUCCCUAGGACCCUCCCAACUGCAGCAAGGAUGAUCCCAAGGACUAGUAGUGGCAAUAGUAAUGCUAAUUCUUCUCAUGAAAGCAAGGUUCUUCAACAAUCAGCACCUGUCAACAUUCCUGACUGGUCAAAGAUUCAUAGGAAUAAGCAAAACAAGACCCCCAAGAAUGUUUCAAGGUUUGAUGAUUAUGAUUUCUAUCAUUCUGUUGACGAUGAAGGUGAUGGUGAUGAUGUUGAUGUUGUCAAUUAUGGAAGGCAUAGUGAUGAUGAUGAAGAAGAGGAAGAUGAUGAGUAUGAUACCAAGCUCCCCCCACAUGAAUUUAUUGCAAGAAGGCUUGCAAGGAGUCAGAUAUCCUCAUUUUCAGUUUUUGAAGGUGUUGGGAGGACCCUUAAAGGUAGGGAUCUCAGCAAAGUGAGGAAUGCUGUUCUCACAAAAACUGGUUUCCUUGAAUCACUGUGAAGGGGUUUCCAUGAAUCAAAUUUGUGAUGUAUAGGGGGUUUGUAGUUAGUGGUUUCUUAGCUAUUGAGAUUGUGUACAAGGUUUUGUGUUUUAAGGGUGUGAAAGAUUCAUUUAGGGAUUUACCAUUUAAAAGCAAUGAGUUAUUAACUUGGUUGUGGCAACUAAAAGUGAUUUGUGAAAUAUAUGGUAUCUAAUAUGUUGUUUAGAGCAUCCAUACAAAAUGAUGGAUGUGCCAGGUUAAGUAUUGAAAUUGGAUCAUAAAGCCAUAAAUCAAUCAGAACAAAAGUACAUACAUUUUUUCUUUCUGUAAAUUUUUUAUUAUUAUGUUAUUUCCUGGUUGAGCUUUGGCUUUUAAUAAACAAGUCAAUGUCUCUCUCCUUGGCCUUCUUUCCU